UUCUCUCUUCUUUCAAAAUCUUUCAGACAACACCUCAAAAAACCUCCUCUGGUCACCGACUCUAAUGUGAUUUUUGGCUUGUUAGGGCUGCAGCUUGAAAAAGUAAAUCGAUUAAAACGUUUCUCACAUUCUAUUAUUCAUUUCCCCCAAAAAAAUUCCAGAAAAUAGCACCUUGGCCAAACCCUAACUAUCAAGUUAUUGUCGUUGUCGGUCAUAGUGAGAAGAAUGAUUUUUCUUCUGUCAUUUUUCCUUUUCCUUUUCUAGAAAAUCCCUUAAAUCCUCGACAUCUAGUCACCAACUCUUAUGCCCUCUUCUUUUCCUCCUUUUGUGAUUUCCAUCUUCUUCAACAAAUCUAAAGGUAGUGUGAUGGUUAUAUUCAAAGGUUUUUGUUGUUCUUCAUUUUAGGAAUCACAAUCGUCAGGUGUGGGUAUCAAUGGAAGGAAAAGAAACUGAGGGAAUGUUGAAGAUGACGACAGAUAAGAGACAACAGAAGCGAAGCAGAAGUGACAGAGAAGAGGAAAGGGACAGGCUGAGUGAGUUGCCUGACUGUGUUGUGCUCCACAUAAUGGAAUUUAUGGACACAAAAUAUGCUGUACAAACUUGUGUCUUGUCUAAAAGAUGGAAGGACCUUUGGAAGCGUCUAACUUAUCUUGGAUUCAAUACAACCCUCUUUAACAAUGUUGUCAAAUUCAACAAAUUUGUGUCUCGCGUUCUGUCUGGCCGAGAUGGUUCAGUUUCCCUGCUCAAUCUUGAAUUCACGCGUCGCGGUAUGGCAGAGCCCAAGCUCUUCAAUAGGCUGAUGAAAUAUGCUGUGCUGCACAAUGUUCAGCAGUUUACAGUAUCUCUAAAUUUAAGCUUCAGACAGAGUUUCGAGUUUCGCCCCUACAUCUUUUCCUGUGAGUCCUUGACAUUUCUGAAGCUUUCAUUUAAUUCUUUUGACACCUCGAUUGUAGCACUUCCAGGAUCUCUGAACAUGCCAGCAUUAAAAAGCUUGCAAGUUGAGGCUGUCUCUUUUACUGCAAGGGACAAUGACUAUGCUGAGCCGUUUUCUACCUGUAAUGUGCUGAAUACUUUGAUACUUGAUGGUUGUUCGUUGCAUAAAGAUGCAAAAUUCCUCUCUAUAUCAAAUUCUAGCCUCUCUAGUUUGACCAUAAGUGGUAGCUUUGAAGGAGGAGCUUACAAAAUUGCGCUUUCUACUCCAAACCUUAGUUCUCUCACAGUCACGGGUCAUAAUAAUCACACAAUCUCCUCCGCAUGCAAUCUUUCUUUCCUUGAAGAAGUAACCAUUGACACCCUUGGUUAUACACUUUUUCCGAAUACAGACUUACUCAUCAUAAGCUGGCUGCAAGUUCUCACCAAUGUAAAGAUACUGAGGCUCUAUUCGGGUACCCUUCUGACAAUACUACGGGAUAUAUCAAAUCCUGUUUCGGUGAGUACUCAGCCUCCCUGCUUUGUUCAAUUGAAGUCAUUGAUUUUGGCGAACCAACCAUCUGCAGAUAUAUCUUUUGAGCAACUAAAGAGAGCAGUGGAGUACCUACUUCAAAACUCUCCACAACGUAGAAUUGAUUAAAUCUUCAGGUUCCUUGUUCAUACAUUGUUGAUCCAGGCCCUCAAAGGAUCCUAUGUGGCUCAAUUUGGUGAGAGACUGUUUGUUGGCUUCCUGUAUUACAUGGCCUAGUACUGUGUAGGUUCUUAAUGUCUUUAAUAAGAUUGUAGUUUUGACCUAAAACCAAGAAAAUAUUGUAGUAAUGAUGAGUAGCUGGAAGCUUGGAAUUGUUCCCUUAACUAAGGAAAAUAACAGUUUGAGAAUUCAUCUCUA